AUGGAAGCCAUUUAUAGAUUUCCCUCUGCACAUCAACCAAUAAGGUCAAUUAGCUUUCCCACCAGAAUACACACCUCUUCUCAGAGAAUUGAUGCACUUUUAAACCACCUCAAACCUCAUCAUACCCGGUUUUUAUCAAGCACUAUUUGUUUGGAAGCAGAGAAAAUUCAGAGUGAUUUAGUUGUGCUUGCAGAGCUUUAUAACUGCAUGGAGGAACUCUUCCAUUCUCCACAGACAAAACAAGCUCUUCUACGCUACCAAGAUGGGAAACUAGUAGAAGAGGCAUUAUGUGACUCAGUCACAAUGCUAGACGCUUGUGGUUCUGCAAGGGAUUUUUUGUUGGUUCUCAGGGAACACAUGCAAACCCUUCAAUCAGCCGUACGGAGAAGAAGAAGAGAUUUAAGCAUUGAAAGCAGCAUUUCUGCUUAUGACAGCUUCAAGAAGAAGGCAAAGAAGGAAAUUGCUAAGCAACUUGGGAAGUUGAAGCGAAUGCAGAACAAGGUUAAUUCCUUUUCUAUCAUGGAUCAAGAUCAGCAGCUAACAUUUUUGGCUAGAGUUCUAAGAGAAGCAAGCACCAUCACCAUCUCCAUAUUACGUUCUCUACUACUACUCCUGUCCAUGCCAGCACUUGGAACAAAAGGGUCCUCCACGAUCUCAAAGUUGAAGGCAAAGACAUUAUUUUCUUCCCUGAGAAAACACAAGAACACCAAUGGGGUUGUAGAUCUCAAUACUGCUCUGUGCUAUCUUCUUGGAAGAGAGAAAAAGAGCGAUUCCAAUGGUGAAUAUCAAAGGGUAAUAAGGGUGAUAGAGACACUAAAUGUUAAUAUUGAUGGUUUGGAGGGUGGAUUAGAUUGCAUAUUUAGAUGUUUAGUACAAAAUAGAGUGUCAUUUCUAAAUAUGCUAGCUCAUUAA